AUGGCCCACAGGUUGGGUGAGAGGGUUCUCCCCCUCUACUCUGCUCUUGUUAGACCCCUCCUGCAGUUCUGCGUCCAGCUCUGGGGCCCCCAACAGCAGAAGGAUAUCAGCCAGUUGAAACUGGAGUUUGAAAAUCAGAAGACACGACUAAACAUUCAGCUGGAAUAUAAUCGUGAUCAUCUGCAAAAAUCGACAAACGCACUCAGCAAGUUGAGGGAGUCCAUUCAUAAAGAUGAAGUUGAGAUUUUUGAGCUACAAAAGAUAAACUGUGCUUGUGGUGCACUGGAAAGUGAGGGAGAAAAGGUUGAGGAAAAGCUUCUAAAAGAAGUGAAUGAAAUUGUGGAGAAGCAGCAACAUCUUAAGGAUAGAUUAAAUGCUCAUAAAUCUGAGGUUAGAAAAACCCAAAAUGAAGUUGAAGAGUUCAGAAAGACAUUGUUAACGUUUAAUAGAGAAGCUGCAAAAUUACAAAAGGAAGUUACAGCUAUAGAAACCUCACUGGAAGAGAAAAGAUUAAGACGACAUAAUAUGCUUCUUGAAUGUAAGGUGCAGGACUUGAAAAUACAGCUCCUGUCUGGAUCACUAGAUGACAUCAGUGAAGUAGAGCUAGGAACUGAAACAGAAGGCACACAGACCACAUCAAGUAUCUAUGAAAGGGAAGAGGCAAUUCGGAUAGACUACAGCAGCCUAGCAGACGACUUGAAGAAUAUAGAGACUGAUAAGGAUAUAGAGGAUCAUCUGAACCAGAUGCAGCAGGAAAUAAAAUCUAAAGAGAAUACUUUAAUCAAGACAGCUGCUCCAAACCUGAAAGCAGUAGAGAAAUUACAGAUAGCUCGGAACAAGUUCCAAGAAUCAACAGAUGCUUUUGAGACCAGCAGAAAGGAGGCCAGAACGUGCAAGCAAGAAUUCGAACAGGUGAAAAAAAGGCGAUACGAGCUUUUUAGCCAGUGCUUUGAGCAUGCCUCCAUAGCUAUUGAUCAGAUCUACAAGAAGCUUUGCAGGAACAGUAGUGCUCAGGCAUUCCUUAGUCCUGAAAAUCCUGAGGAGCCAUAUCUGGAAGGCAUCGGCUUUAACUGCGUGGCUCCAGGAAAACGCUUUAUGCCAAUGGACAGUUUGUCAGGAGGUGAAAAAUCUGUGGCAGCUCUGGCUCUUCUGUUUGCUAUACACAGUUUUCGGCCAGCACCUUUUUUUAUUUUAGAUGAGAUAGAUGCUGCCCUUGAUAACACAAACAUUGAUAAAGUAAGUUGGUCCUUUUCACCUUAUUAUUUUAUUGACAAUAUAGUGAUACCUUUUGUUGAAGAAUGGCUACAUUUUAUCACAG